UUUGAUUGUUUUCUUUAAAUUUAGUAGCUGGCACACAAUUCUCCACUCAUGGGUGGUGUUGGUGAGAAGUUUCACUUCUCUGGUCUACCAGAACCCUGAAUGCAGUUAGUUCCUUGUGUGGUUUGGGCAGAGAUUUCUCAGAGUUGGAGGAGAGAUGAAAAAUUUCAGGAGGGGGAGGUGAGAUACUGGAAGUUACUUCUGCUCUGCUUUUAUUGAGCUAGUGUUGAGCUUGGUAACCACUCUUAAGGAAAUUUUAAACCUUGCACCCCAUCCAAAAUAUUGAACCGAAGUAAUUUGGAGGAGGUGAAGGUGCAGGCAGGUGAAACAUCUGUGGGACUGUGAAGGAAGCAGACUGCUACAUGGGUGCUUCUUAAAAACGGAGCAACCCAUAGUGUGGAAGAAGCAUCUUGCAGAUGCCUGAGCCAGGCAUAAGACCUGGCCUUGGCAGGUACAGUUUAGCAGUAGCCAGGGAGACCAAGAGCAUUGUCUCAUUCACUUCUCCUGCCUUUUGGCUUAGUUGGGAAGAAAACAUAGCCACCCCUGAAGUCUGAGAGAGGCUUAUGCUCUGUAGCAUAAUGUAUGGUGCACCAGCACGCAGAUUUCCGUUGGCAGCAAAAAGCCCUUGUUAAGACUGGUUAUGGUUUAAUGAGUGUGUAAAUGAAAAGUGCUGAGAGGACAUGGAGAGCUCCUGACUGCUCAGAAAAUGAUCUUGACUUAAAUGUGGUCUUCAGCUGGUCACAGGUAACUUCACUGUGUAAUUGCUGCUAAUGCACUUCUGUGUGCUGCCUAUGUGGGGAUCAGUAAUGACAAGGCAGCAACAGAGCAAGAAGGGAAGGAGAUGAUGCUUUGAGCCUGCUUUUCUUUUACUUUAUAUACUCAUUGUGCUGGAUCCUUGUCAUGCUUUUAGCACUUGCUGUGGUUCAUUGUUUGAAUGUCACAGUGCUAUUUGAAGUUUAACUGCUCUGCUAGCUGUAAGACCCUGGUUUAAUGUGGUUUUUUGUAAGUUUGCAGAAGGUACAGAGUUGUUGGUGACACUGAGAAUCACUACAAAUCAUGUAGCUGAGGCAGAAGAAGGAAGAGGAAGCUGCAGUGUGGCACUUCAUUCCCCAAAAAGUAUUUGCAUGAACAGACAGCACUUCGGUCUCCUGGGCCUCGCCUCAGCCUUUUGUGCAUGCCAAUCAGUCAUAUUGUCAUCGGCUGCAACACGACAUGUAUUUUCUUACAAGCAAUAGCCGACUGAAUGAGCAAGUGGUUGAUAAAAUUAUUCUUCAGCUUAACAGAGUGUACCCCCAAAUUCUUACCAAUGCAGAAGCAGAAAAGUUCAGGAAUCCAAAGGCAUCACUCCAUACCAGACUUUCAGAUCUGAUAAAGCACCUUCAAAAGAAAGGAGACAGGCACUGUCAAGAGUUUUACAGGGCCCUACAGAUCAAUGCUGAACAGCUGUAUAAUGACCUGCCAAGCAGGAAAAUCCUGAAAACCACAGAUUCCACAGAGAUAGACACUGACAAGGAGAAAUAUAUGCUAAAUGACAGGGCUCCAGUGUUUUUCCUCGCUUGUUUUAGUGUUGCUGCAGGAUUUGCAUUAUUUUGGUAUUGCUGUAACUCAGAUACGAAAGUCAUAGGAAGAGCCAGGAGAGUCUUGGGCUUUUCUCCUAUUAUCAUACGAAGACAUGUUAGAAAUAUUUGUAUGUUGUAUUUGGAAGACAUAUCAAGAAAUUAAGGAAAAGCUGCCUCUUCACUUGUCUGUACAGUAUACCUGCCAUGGGAGGACAACAGUGCAUGAAUAUUAAUGUACUAUACUCUUAUACCAAAGAUUUUAUUGACUAGCUUCAUCAAUAAUUGUGUUGCCUCAAGAUGUAUUCAGAAUUUCAGCUAUAUAUGUCCUUCCUUAUGGGAAUGGACCAUUUAUUUUUGUAAAUGCUUAUUUUAAAAUAUUUAUCAUUUGGAAAAAAAUAUUUUUAAUACAAACUUUAAAAUUAUAUCCUAAGUGAUCAUGGAUCUUAAGCCAUGUUUGCAUAUGUGUUUUAUACUGGAAUGAAGGAUCACAACUGUUUAAAGAAUGCUAGCCUGUCUUUUGUAAUAAUUUAAGAAAAGCCCUUAAAAAACACAUGCACUCAAAGCCUUACUAAGAAAUGGAUCUCUAUCUCAGGACAGGAUUGUCUGUGUUGUCUAGUACGUUUAUACUUAGUGCCUGAGCUCAGGUGGGCACUGGCACCUGUGAAGUUUAUCAGUGCCUGUUACCUUUGUGUAUGCCUAGUACUUGCCAUGUUUUCUAAUUCUCCUGUUUGUGCCUCAUCCCAGCCUGCCUUGUUCAUGUUCACAUUCAGCUGUUGGACGUGGUUUGAAUGUGCUGGAGCUGGUGCAGACUGGUUCCCAGCCUGCAGGGUGUCCCAGGGUCUGGAAUGUCUUAUCUGAAGUUCUUGAAACUUCCAAGAAAACUUUUCAGAUUUAUUUAGCUUUUCCUUUUCCAGUGAAGUGUUUUGCAGUGUGUAUAUCUAAGAAACUGAAGUAAUCCAAGGUAUUUUGCAGGGGUUGAAGUGCCAUGACACAGGGCUUUUUUAUGGCCAAAAAUACGUAUAUUUACUUGAAGAGCCUGAGGUUGUUCAUAACAUCAUGUGAUGAUGUUAUGUUUUUCUUCUGUGAGUUGAAACCUGAAAAACUUGCAGAAACUAUUGUAAGACUAAAAUUCUUGAGGGAAGUGGAGUGAGUCAGGGCUGCAAGUGAAGCAGCUUGGGGUUUUUUAGCUUUAUGAACUUAGCCUUGCUCCUGCCUAGCUCAGUACAAAUGGCUUUCCUCUUCCAGGUGGGAGGUGCAGUAGUUCUAAACUGGCUGUGAGAAAUUACAUUUUCAGUGGAUAGUUCUUCAAUUACCUGCUUAAGAGCAUAAGGAGCUUGGGGGAAGACCAUGUCUCUGUACUUGGUGAAAAUGAUGCUUUGUGGCUCUUCAUUCACUGACUGAAUGAAGAGAUUUCCAGAUCAAAUGAAAUGUCACCUGGGUAAAAGUUGCAGCUGCAUCACAAUUUACCAUGCACUGGAGGAUCUCAUGCAAAAUUAAGUCAUUUAGAGUGGUUUUGUCAAAACAGACUGAAAAUCGUCUUCUAGCUUUGAACUUUAUACAUGCUAUAAAAAUGUUGUCUUCUCCAAAGUAAAUAAUCUUGUAAUAACUGUAAUUCCUUCCAUGACAACAUUCACCUGGUAUAGUAACAAGCAUAUAGUCCACAGGAGGAAUUGAGUACAGGUCAGAUGAGAAACAUCUUGAAAAGUAAAAAAGGGCUCAGAGGAUCCUGACUUUACUCUUCUGAUAACAUGUUUUUACCUGUGGCAUUGGAGCAUGGCUGGGACACGAGCCAGCCCCAUGCAGAGGUAGCCACGGUCUUCAUUAGGUCAAAUCUCAAGAACAGACAGCACAUCUUCAUGGUCAUAGCUGGUGUGAGCACAGCUCAUCUUGAAAUACCCAAGUGAAAUCAAACAGGCUACAGGGAUAACACUGCAACCAUGCUGCAAGUCAGCACAAGCGAGUUGGUUUGGUGUUCUGACUUGGGGAAAGUGAGCUCCCAGUUGCUGGGUUUAUACUGCUAACAGUCCCUCCACCAGCCAUGUUGAAGCCUGCUUGGCUAUUUUUACACAGCUGCAGUGCUCCUCUGACUGCAGAGCCAGUGUUUUGGUAACAGCUCCCCUGGUGUAACUGUUCAGCACUCAACAGAAGCGUUUUCUGUGCAGACAGACAGACAUACCCCAAGAUCAGCAGUGGGCCAGGGGAUAUUAUAGACACUGAAUAGCCUGAUUGCUGCAGUGUAAAAUGUGGAAUGAGGCAAAUGCCACACAAACAAAAUAACACCCAGCAGAGCAGUUUAUUUAGACUACUUUGCCUCUGCCCCCACCCCACCAGCUCUUGUGUCUCUUCAAUGUAAUCUCCGUGGGGACUCUUAUUACGGAGAAAACAGUGACGGAGCUGAGUGCAUUUCCUACAGAACUGGCAAACUGCAAGGCUCUGCUGCCCUUGUUACUCAACAAUCUGCUGUUGUGCUACCUUCCAUCUUGGGAAAUGCUUUAAUUCUGUUGUUUUCUCUCUGCCUUACCUUGUGACAACAGGAUGGGUUUUUUUUUUCCAGCAAACCAGGUCUAACAUUUAUGACAUUUGAAAUUAAAUGUUCCUUUCCCCACUGCUGCUUACCUUCUAUAGCAGCCCUGUUUUGAGGGACUAGAAAAAAUACCUCUGAAAUCUAAAGGGGUUUUAAAUCUUUGCCCUGAAGGCAACUUUGAAGCCUCAUCACAGAAAUGCUGUUCCACUUUACACACACAAAAAAAAGCAUUAUUCAAAGUAAUCACAACAGUCCCAUCUCAUUUUAAAGCAGAAAUAGAGGCCCUAGGUAGAUUCUUUCUGUUCAGAUUAUCUACCAUGUUACCCUUUGAAUAACAGGUUGCAAAUUGUGAGCGGUUACUGAAACUGACAGAAGUUACCAGUACCUUGUUUAGUCUGAAGGUGAGAUUCUGCUAUCCUUACUGGUUCAAGGAUGCCUUGUAGUGCCAGGAGCUGUCUCAGGGCAAUAAAACUGCCCCAGGAGCACACUGGCUGUGCUGUAGGACAUGGUCCCCCCAACUCCUCAAACCUGCUCUCUUGAGCUUUGAAAACCAUAGGGAAUGGGAAAUCUUGCUAAAGGCUAUGGCUAUUUUUCUUCCCUGUCUGGGGUUGUUUGAGAUGAAGAUGCCUGGGUGGGGACAGAAAUCCUGGAUGAGCUAUCCUCAGGGUUAGGGCUGGGAGGAGAGAGGAAAAAUGAGUCUUGGUUCAUCCCAGUGUUGUUAGUUAAAGGACCUGACAUGAAAGAAUAGAAAAUAAUCUGUUCCUUUAUUAGUGCAAGCUUUUAAUUUAAAAUGUAAAAGUGAGGCUAGCGAUAAAAUGGGUGUGUACAUAGGUUGGGAGACGUUAGUUUUCUUGGAAGAUUUUUCUUUCAGGAGCAAAUAUCAACGUUUAAUAGAGUCAUCCAUAAGCGCAUCUAUGCAGCACAUGCAGACAGCAGAUGAAGUGAUAAUUCCAUCUUCAGCUCCUGGAGGAAGCCCAGUAUGUACCUGCAUGGGAGUCAGGUCCUGCUAGCGAGCAGUGUUACUUGGAAACAAAUCAGGUAGGGUCUUGGAUGAGCCUGUCUAGAUGCAGAAUUCCAGCUUCCCUGUCAAGUCAAGAAUAGGUGGACGUUUGCUGCUGAAACUGAACUGGUAUUUAGGAAUGUACUUUACUUUACGUGCAGGGAAGUUGUCCUGGCUGUGUAAAAUUCAGUAGGUGGUUAUAUGUGUAGAGGGUAGAGGCCAUUCUUGUGAACGCUGUAGUUCUUGUGCUGCAGACAGCAAAUGUAUAGGAGCUAAUAAAAAGCAGCCAUGUUUUCAACAUACCACCUCCCACCUUGUGCAAUUCUCACUGAAGAAGUAAAAUGCUUGCUUUUCCCUACAGCAUAAGCAGUGUUGUGCCUUCAGUGGCAUUAUGGGCUGAGGAGCCAAACAGCUAUUGCGCGAGCAAUGCUCUCCUGGAGGGCUGAUUGUGACUCUUGAGAAAGAUGAGCAAGGAGAAGCUGUCAUCUCUGGAGGGUGGGAGCAUGCAGGUUAUCAAGCAGUUGGCUCCCCUGCCAGCUUAUGCUGUGCUCUGCAGCAAGUGCCUCACACAUGGACUUGCUGCAGCUCCCACCAGGGACUAUUGCCCUUCACUGCUGUGCAAUUUGUGCAUGAAUCCCAAGGGAAGGGAAAGGGGGCUGAGCUCCACGCUCGUCAGCUUGGAGGACUCCUGAUUCCUAGCCAAAACUCAUCUUCAUCCCUGUUUUUUUUUCUUAUGGAUGGGAUUUUGAUUUAAAGUAAAGCUGAACUGCCUCUGAUUGUCUUGGUGGUAAUGUCGGGACCAUCGAGAUUGAAGGACAAGAGUCAGCCGCUGUGCUAACCCCCUAAGCAGAGUUCACAGGCAGCUGGCCCAAGCCAUGUAAAUAGUUAAGGCUGAGUGAUGUGGCUGUCUACAUGCAGAGAGCACUGGGAGUCAGUGACAGAUCAUACAAUGAAUUUGCACAAUUCCAUUUAAAGACAGGCUGCUAUUUAAAGUACUUCAGUGAAGUAGGAUGUGCCUGUGAGCCAGAGCUGGAAUAAAGUGAUGAUUCAUUCUGGGACAUACAGGGCUACUUCAUAGCUGCUGGCUGGAGUUUUCAAAGCUGCUGAGGCAAAGUUACUCUUGUUUCUCUCACUUGUGAUUUUUUUUUCUCAUACUGUAAUAAAUUGAAAACAUAUUUGGUCAAAAUUUGCAGUUGUGAAUGCUUGUCAGUGCUGUUCUGUAGGUGCAAGCAUUAUUCCAGACAGAUGCUAUGCUGUAGCUGUGUAAUCAGCGUUGCUAUACAUGCAGUUUGCUGUACUUCACAGGUCCUGUGUUUUGUAAACAUAUCUCCCAACGUAUAUCUUCUUGAAUUUUGUAGAAAUUAAUGGAAUUUGUUUGGUUUUUUUUUUAAUGGGGUGAAGCUGGCAAUUAAAUUGAAAUAAAAUCUGUACUGAGACAAAAA